AUUGAGCAAACUACUGAAGUAUACGUAUUUUCCAUUCAUUAUGUAUGAUAAUGCAGUCAUGUCAAGCUUACACUUAAGAAUUACCUUUGUGAUAGUUAUAUUUUGCAGGAUAUCCAUAGGUGCUGAUGGUUCCGUUACCAUAAGUUCAUCAGCAGCGACUGUUCCGGAGGGGUCAUCACUAACAUUAACAUGCACGUAUACUGGAAAUGAACAGAUGUAUUUAAUAAAUUGGAUAAACAAUGGAAACAAUUCGACACGAAAAUACAAUAUACAAAUCAAACAACCUGAACCAUGUUCAAUAUUUGGAAAACCUGGUCUCAACGAAACUCUGUUCACCUACACUUGUCUCACGCUGACUAUUUUGAAUGUGAAACGGGAUUAUCAGAACGACAACUUUACGUGCCAAGCAAAUUUGAAUAUAAACAGCGGAAAUAGUGUUAUCGUCAGUGUGUCAGAUUCUCCACCUAAUCCGCCAGUGAUUGACGAUUUUAACACAAUAACGGACUACCAGAUGAUAGAGAAUAGCACCGAACGGCUGACAUGUAGAAGUACUGGCGGUAAUCCUCUUGCCAGUCUUGCGUGGAGUUGUUACAAUGGCAUCGAGUCUGAUCCAAGCAUAAACGGCGGUUCAGUCAGUCGUUCUGUACAGUUCACAGCGCGACGUAACCAAGACAACACGUGCACGUGUACUGCCACGCAUGAGGCGGGACCGUUGCAACAGGUUCAACUGGACAUCAAUAUCAUGUAUCCCCCUUCAACACCGGAAUUCAAAGUGAACGGUUCUCCAGUGGGCGUCGCGAUUAGCAUAAUUAAAGACAGUGCUAAGACGGUGACGUGUCACAGUUUUGGAAAACCUAAUCCAUCCACUUAUGACUUUACUUGGACCAAAGGAAGUACCGUUGUUAGUUCAAAUUCAGUUUUAAGCUGGACCGGCGGGAUCAAAAUUCAGGACGGAGGCAGUUACAAAUGUACCGUUAAAACAACGAUGACACCUUCGGAUACCAGCAAAACUCCAGUUACAACAGAGGUAACUUCUGAUGUCACCAUGGAUGUACUAUAUUCGCCACGGUUGCAUCAACUUCCCAGGCUUAGCGCUCUGUUAGGUGAAAAUUUAACUCUGAAAUGUGAAUACGAGCCAGGUAACCCAACAGAAACAACAGUCGUAAUUGCUCGGUUAAACGACCGGAUUACAUGGACCGAAGGAACACAUUUCAUUCCGUCACUGAAGAAAAGCGAUGGUGGUAUGUACAAUUGCACAGUUCGUAACAUCAUGAAGCCAACGGGACAGCAGAAUGAAAUAGUUGGAGAGGAUUCUGGAAUUUUCCAGGUUAACGUAUGGUACAUAACGUCUGUGACCAAGUUUGGUUUAACCAGUCAUCUCGACGCGAUUAAUGUUACUGUUGAUGAAAACACAACGCUUAACUUCUAUUGUGAAGUUGACAGUAACCCAAACUCCACCAUUAUAUUUGGAAAAUCGGACAGGAUACAGAACAACGUUACUCUAAAAAAGACCGACGGGUUUCUUCAUUUGAGAUUUGAUGUUCAACAAGCUGGCUGUCUUGAUACAGCAAGUUACUAUUGUCGUGGAUAUAACAACUACACAGAGAUUGAGACGGCACCAAUGAAAGAAAUGAACGUUUAUGUUCGAUGUUCACCAAGAGCAUCAGGAGGUCAAUGGGAAAGCAAUGUUACAGGGGCUUUUGGCGGCAAUGCAACGUUUUCCUUUGAUGUAGUGGCAUAUCCUGUUCCAAACAAAGACGGAUAUGUAUGGCACAAAUGGAAAGGGACAACGUAUUCUCAAGUUCACAACAGUGACAAAUACACCAUCAGCAAUGCCGGUGUUUUUACAACAUUCACCAUCAAUGCUAUUGAGCAAGAAGAUUUUACAACCUAUCUGCUUACGGUGUCCAAUGGAAUAAGUCCAGACUUCAACAAAAUAUUCAACUUAAGUCCUCAAGAUGUCCCUCAGUGUCCAACUGAUUUAACAUAUAGUACAACGACUUCGUCUUCAGCUACUAUCGGGUGGAUCAGUCACUUCAAUGGUGGACUUAAGCAAACAUUUAUCGUUUUGUACAAAAUGAUUGAAAGUUCGAAAUACUUGGUUCUUACGGCAGAUGAGAUUGAUCAGAAGAUACAGUACAAAAUAUUACUUACAGGAUUAAACGAUGGAUCGACGUAUGAAGUCAUUCUAUUUUCAAGAAAUGAAAAAGGAAACUGUAAACAAAAUACUUCACUCCAAUUCGACACUCCAAUUCGACUUGUCGAACCACCACCUGGAGCCGUUGGAUCUAUAGUUGGUGGAACAACUGCAUUGAUAGUGGCAGCGAUUAUUUUGGUGAUAGUUGUGGUCAUGGUUUUGAGACGAAAGUACAACAUUGACUGUUUGUGUCCAAUCAAACUAUCUCGGGAAGAUCUGUAUCAUGAUGCAAACACAGAUGAGGCAAUAGAUACACAAGCAGCUAAUACUCGUGGGUACAACCCAACUCAGACCUAUGAAGACAUUUCCAUUGUAUAGGAUAAGUCCCCGUACGCUGCUCUGGAUAAUGGCGACAAUGGAUAAUGGCGACAAUGGCCUCGACAAUGUUCACGUGUACACGCCGUUGGAUGCGCCUGGUUUAAAGACACAUGUUUCGUACGAAAAUGUCAAAGAUGAUCCCGUGUACAACAACACAGUGCUGAAGGACCCGAUACAGACGGUGCUUUAGAUAAGUUAGUGGAAGCUAUAAAGCUUGAGGCUGUAUGAUGACGUAAGAAGGAGUGAAGUUUUAGGCGUUUUGUACUUUUUCUUGCCUAUGAAACAUUCAUUAUAUUGUAAAGCGAUGCUGAACCAUUCUUUGUUGAGGAUAUCAAAGCAAUGAAGUAUUUGGAGUUAUGAGACUACCAAUUAAUUUUCAACAUUCCACGGAUAUGUGUCAAGUGUGUGUUUAUUUAUUUUUUUUACAUUUUUUUUUACAAUUAGUCCUGAUUAUAUCAUAUAUGAAAGCAUGCACGAUGUUAUUUUUUUUUUGCUUUUUAUAUAAUAACCGGAGGGCUGCACCUAAGCUUUACGUUGGGACAUCUGUAAAUAAUCCAUAUUACACAAUACAUAAGGAUCGUCCAAAAAAGGUUAUAAUUGAUUUGUCUUAUUAAACAGAAAUAAGAGGGAUAAACAUCUAGGAAAAUAUUUCACAUGAUCCCUUUCAAAAAUGUCUGAAAGUAUUAAGGAUUUACAGGCAAAUCUAUAUUUUAUAUACAUUUGAGAGACAUUUAAAAUAGCGUCGAGCCAACACAGCGUUAGCGGCACAUUAUCCAAAAUUGUUAUCUACACUCAAUACCAAUCCCCAUUUUUAUGUCAUUUGCCGUCUUAAAUAUACAAAAUUGAUUUUAGACAAUAUAAAGGCAUACAAAACUAAAAAGAAUGCUUAUUUCACCCAAAUUUUGAUUUUCUCCAUGCAGUGUGCAUGUGAUAUGUAUGUUUUCGACAAUAUAAACUAUUGUAAAUUCAAAAGGCUACUUAGAAAAAUAUAGUUUUCACAAAUGGAUACAUUUAUAUCAUGUCUCUGGUACGCACAAAAACAAACACGUUCCAGUAAACUUCAAUGGAGUCAGUUUGGGUCAGCGCAGGAUUUGCACGUGCAUCUUGUGCAACUGUGACAUGCAGCUUUCUAACACAAAAUAUCACAUGCAUAACCAGACAUGAGUUUAAAGAAUGAAUUUGGGACAAAAAUAGUUUUUUUCAUAACUUGCUAUGCCUACUCAUGAAAAUCGCGCUAGGAAAUACUAGAGUAUGGACGUAAACAAGAGGCCGUCGCUAGACGUUUAAAUGUGUCUCCUUCGACAAUUUCACGUUUAUAACAGCAAGUAAAUGUAACAUGAUAUGUGUCAGAAAGGCCAAGAUCAGGUGCACAUUUUUUUCCAAGGGACACUGACUGCCAUAAAAUAUAUUGACUAAAUCGUUGAACUAGUCGUCGUUCGGAUGGUACGUCAACGCACUGAGUUAAUUUUCAGCAAAACAACGUAAGUCCUCAUACAACACGGCUUACCUUUAACUUUUUACAUCUUAACCCAAUAGAACCUUAUCCGUGGCCCUCUGUUUCACCUGACUGC